AUGGCUCAUGAGGUUCUUGCAGUCAUCGAACUUCCUGUCGCACAAACGAUACCUCGGCAUGCGUGGCAGUUACAGUUUGAAGCCGCUAUCUUCGUGUUGUACGGCGAAGGAAAUGCGAUAGGCCCAAUUUCUAGAAUUUCUGCAUACUCGGCUCGUGUUGAUCCUCCAUCGAGUCCUGUGAUAGCCGUGCUAAGGCGUUCCCACACCAAUUGGACUCUUAUGGAUCGAGAGAUGGUUCAUCGCCUUACGACUGCAAUGGCACCGACGUUAUCGAUGUUUGUCAUUAUUGGACUUUUGGUUAGACUUCUGGAUAGGAAUUUUAAUCUGUUUCUCAAUUUAGUGGCAGUUCUUUCAUGUGCUCAAAAAAUGCUAUAUAACAACGAUUUUGGACUGCCUGAGUUAAGAGACGCCAAAAAUCAUCGAAAAUUUUACGCGAUGAAAGUAGAGAAGCAGCUUAACUGUGAAAGGCCUGUCCUCAAACUCGAUGUAGCUGUUUUAUCGCAGCUACGAACUGCUGCAGGAUUUCCAACGUUGAUCGUUGCUGGUCGUACCAAUGCGUUCAAGUUCUGUGUGAUGCAGCUUCUUGGUCCAGACUUACGAUCACUUAUGUUGGUAAUGCCAAGCAAAAAGUUCUCACCUGCGACGGCAUAUAAAAUCGCUAUUCAAACGUUAGAUCGCUUGGAGACACUACACGAUAUCGGUUACCUCAACAGGGAUGUAAAAUCGCAGAAUUUUGCUAUUGGACUCGAAAAUCAAUCAUCGAUCGUGUACAUGCUUGACUUUGGCCUAACUAGGCGAUUCAGAAAUGAGGAUGGGACGCUAAUGAAACGUCGCAUUUACGGACCAUGUGUUGGAACAUUUCCGUUUGCACCACUCGCAUCAGCAACAAUGAGAGAUCAAGCGCCCAAGGACGAUUUGGAGGGCUGGUUCUACAUGAUUAUGGAGAUUUUCAUUGGUUUUCUUCCAUGGUAUCACGAAAAAAUGAUUUUGGAUCACAGUCUUACCCGUGAGUGGAAGCAGUAUGCUCGUGGAGCAUUUAAAAGCACAAUGCUUAGAAGUCUGCCGUGCGAAUUCACUCCUAUAUUCAACAACAUUAUAACUAUGAGGUUCGAAGAGCGACCACGAUACUACUUCAUUAGAAGAAUGGUUAGCGCUAGCGCUAUUCGGCAGGGCGUUAAUCUAAAUGCACCAUAUGAUUGGCAGGUUGUGCCAGCCCUCUUAUCCUUAGUGAAGCAGACCACUGAAUAUGAUUCACCACCGACAGCUAGUGUUACAAACAAACUGGAAGACGAUCGCGAACUUGCAACAGCCAACUUCUGUCAAUCGUCCAAUUCAAUGGUCUCCGUAGCGACAGGCGUUUCAUAA